AUGAAGUCCUCGGAAGAUUCCAUCCAUUCACACGGUUGUGACUGUGAGCCUCCCAAGACACAUCAAAUUUCAACAGAUAUUUCUGUCCAUGCGGUUCCUGUUCUGGAACCUCUAUCCACUCAUAAAAAUGAUUUACGUGCUUUCAAAUUGCGACUAUCACCAAAUGAGAUUACCUCGAUCUCUGGUGCCUUGGCGGGGUUUAUUAGUGGGUUGGUAGUAUGCCCUUUAGACGUUGCAAAAACAAGAUUUCAAGCUCAAGGUGCCUACAACAAUAGUAACGAUAUUGAUAAAAAAAAAAAUUCUUCCAAUAUUAAUGGUACCAAUGUCUCAAAUUUGAAAUAUAAGUCGGCUGUUCAAUCAAUCAAAUUGAUCUGGAAAGAGGAAGGGUUCCGUGGGCUAUACAGAGGUGUUGUACCUAUAACCCUAGGUUAUUUCCCCACUUGGAUGAUUUAUUUCACUUGUUAUGAACAUUUCAAGAAAUUCUACAACAAUUAUAUCCAUGAUGACAACUUGUCUUAUUUUGCAAGCGCUAUAUCAUCAGGUGCAAUUUCAACAACUUUGACUAACCCCAUUUGGGUUGUUAAAACUAGAUUGAUGCUACAAAUGGACGACGGGAAAACAGUAUAUUCAAGUUCAAAUGUAAAUGCAAAUACAAGUACAAAUGUAACCAGAAAUGUAAAAGCGAGCCCAAGUGCUGGGGCAGGGAUCAGUACCAGUCUAAAUAGUAAAAAGAUGGAUUGGUAUAGGGGGACUUUCGAUGCCUUUAAGAAAAUGUAUCAACACGAAGGCUUGAAUGUAUUCUACAGAGGUUUAUUGCCUUCAUAUUUUGGUUUAAUUCACGUUGCUAUACAAUUUCCCCUCUAUGAAAACUUCAAGAAAAUUUUAAAGAUCUCAAAUAAUGGUGACGAAACUUUGGAUAUGAGUAACACAUCAACUAAGAUGAAAACUCUAAAUUUCUUAAAAUUUAUACUAGCUUCAUCAUUGUCAAAAAUGAUUGCAAGUGCAAUUACAUACCCUCACGAAAUUUUAAGAACAAGGCUACAGUUGUUUAAUAACAAUUCGAACCAACAAAAUGAAUCACAGUUAAAAGGUUUGAAAAGAGUUUUCAAGAACAUCAUCAAAGUAGAAGGUUUUAAAGGAUUCUAUAGUGGAUUCAUCAUCAAUUUGGCUAGAACUGUACCUGCAAGCGCUGUAACAAUGGUAUCUUUUGAAUAUUUUAGGGAAUAUUUCCAGAGGUUUGCCUACUAA